AUGACAAUGUCAUAUAACUGUGAUGUCGCUACGGAUUCGUAUUUUAACUUUUUCAAAAUACUAUUUCGAUGGAAAGGGUCUGUAUGGAAAUCAAUUUGGAAAGAAUUGGCAUUGUGGAUUGUUACUUAUUAUACAAUAAAAGCGGUCUAUAUGACUUUGGAUGAUGAUAGGAAAAUAAUUUUCGACAAAAAUUUCCUCCCCAAAAUUGCUAACUUUGAUCUUUCUGUGUUGACGUUUAUGCUCACUUUUUUCGUCACCACAAUUGUGGCGCGUUGGAACAAGAUCUUCGAUAAUAUGGGUUUCAUUGAGAGCGCCGCUUAUGCGAUAGCCGCAUUCAUGGAUGAUAAAAAUGAUGAACCUAUACUUAAGCCUGCGCAAGAAAAGAAAGAAAUAAUCAAAUUGGAAGAUAGAACAGACAGUGUUGAAAAGGAAUCGGAUAAGAACACAAAGAACAAGAAGAAGAGCAGUGGAGAACAGAAUAAAACUGUUAAAAGUGGCGCAGAGAAUAUGAAAAUUCUUAAACCCGAUGCCGUCAAAUAUGUUGAAAAGCAAAAAGAAUUAGAAAAAUUGAAUGCUGCUAAGAAGGAAGAGGAGAGAAUGGAAUUAGAAAAACUGGAUGCAGAGAGAAAGAAUAAAUUGAGAAUGGCUCGGCGAACUAUUAUUCGUUACUUGGUGGCAUCACAGGUACUGGUGUUGCGAACAAUUUCGAUGAGAACUCUCCGCCGUUUUCCGAACUAUACGUCAAUUGUUGCCGCCGGAUUUCUACACCAAGAUGAAGCUGACAUCAUAGAGAACAUGGAUUUCGAGUAUGACCGGACUUGGGUUCCAAUAAGAUGGGCAACAGAAAUCCUUAGAGAACAAUUCAUGGCUGUUUCUGCUACUAACAAAGAUCAUCCGUUUGCCGCUCCCUCACUAUACAGUGCAGCAUGGCAGGAGAUUAAGAAUUUCCAAGCUAGUAUUUCAGUUGUGAAAAACGCUGAUUGGGUUCCAAUUCCAUUGGCCUAUCCACAAGUGAUAUUUUUUGCUGUUCGACUCUACUUUAUUUUCUGUACAUUCACAAGACAACACAUGCUUACUGAUCCUGAAAUUGAUAGGACGAUUGAUUCGAGCAAUUACAUAACUUAUUACAUUCCACUUGGAAAUAUAUUCCAAUUCAUUUGUCUGAUGGGAUGGGUGAAAGUUUCUGAAGCUCUUCUGAAUCCAUUAGGAGAAGAUGACGACGAUUUUGAAGUGAACUUCCUCAUUGACAGGAAUAUUUAUACCGGAAUGGCGAUUGUCGAUACUGAAUAUGCUGAAUGCCCUGCUUUGAAAAAGAAAAAUCUUGGAAAAGAAAAAAUAGACGCGUUCGAGGGAGAACACGCCCGUCCAUUUUAUCCGCAUGGUAUGGAUGGAAGCAUUGGAGACGCCCUAGUUGGAUCUGCACAGAAUAUGAAAUUUGAUGACCCUCCUGAAAUGAAACAAUUUUCUGUUAAUAUUACCCCAUCGAAGCCCCGUCCAACUCCAUUAAAGCCAAAGAAUAAAGAAGGUGCACAAAGAAAAAUCAGUAAUGCUUCUACAUUCAGUACAUCAACUUUCAAUGAGUCAGGUUAUUCAACUAAUAAGGCAGGCGCUUUGGGACCUAUUCCUAUUAGUUUUGAUACUCCAAAUGUGGGCGUGAACAAAAAAUAAGUAAUCGUUUUCUGUUUUUUCCCAAUUUAUGGAAACCAUUCCAUCUCUUAGUUUAAAUUUCACUGAACCUUCUUUUGUUGAUUUCUUGUAAUGUCCCAUUUCUUUCAAUCACUACUUGUACAUUUAAAGUUUUUGCUUGCAAUAUUCAUUCUCAUUUAUUUUCUUUUAUGUGAACAUGUACCCUAUUAUUUUUAAUUCAUUAUUUGGUAUUUAAAUUGUAAAUAAAUACAUUAUUU